CACAAACCAUGGCAAUGGCGUUGGUUGAUAGCGUGAAUCGUCUGCUGGCGUCCGGCAACUACCAGCCGUUGCUGUCGGUGAUCAAGGGAUUUCGAAAUGGAGCCGUGUAUGGAGCAAAAGUUAGAUUACCACAUUCCCUGGUGAUGACACUGCUGUUUAAGCGUGGCAGUAUAAAGGACAUGUCUAAAGGGAUACUGGAAGCUACCUACACCCAUUCUCGUAACCUGGCACUGUUUGUGUUUGCAUACAAGUCCCUGACAAGUCUAAUGGCAGUGGCUCAGAAUAAACCUGAACAAUUCCACUCAUUUGCAGCAGCUUUCUGUGCAGGGUACUUCAUAUUUGGGAAGUACAACAAGGUCAAUGAACAGAUAAACCUGUACCUCCUCUCACGGAUCCUUUACGGACUAGCAAAGUUAGCAGUGAAGAAAGGAUACAUUCCAAAACCCAAGGGUGACACAUUUCCUUGGUUUGCAGCCAUUGUGUGGGGAAUUGUCCUAUGGCUGUUCGAGUAUGAAAGUGACACUUUGCAGCCAUCCCUCAAGUCAUCCAUGACCUACCUCUACCAUGAUAGCAACAUAUGGCAAAACUUCAAAAACUUCCUCAUUUACAAUAAGUAGGCUUUUGUAUACAUAUCAUACAGUUAUACUGUGAAGACAGUAAAUAAAUAGAACUCUGUUUUCUGGUAAAAAUGAUAACUGUUAAAAUUUCAGCCUUUGAUAUACCUUAACACUCCCUCUGAUUGGUCUUCAAAUAUUUUAUCGCAUGAGAGGGAUUUUCCUGUCACGGUGAUAAUCUGAGACAUGAUAAACGAGAAUUUUAACAGUGUCUCUCAACAAAAGAUCCACUCAAGAGUAGUUUUCUGCAACUACCUGGUCACCUUCUUCAUUCCUACCUGUGGUCAUUGAGAGACUAUAGACUAAUCUGGUGUGGGAUUCUGAAGUCACAUGACUCAAGGAUUACUAGUAACCCUAGAUCAAGUGACUGAGUCAAACCCCCGAGUGGAGAUGUCCUAUGGCUGUUUUAGUAUUGAGAAUUGUCUCAAUUCUUAGACACUUGAUCAAAUGCAUAAUUGUUUGCAACAAAAAUAAAGCAAUUAUCAAUUUUAUAAUUAUAAAAAAGCCAAGUGGAAGUUUGGAGAAAAUAAAAGAUCAGACUUACUAGUUUUUGGAGAGUAAAGUGUUCAACAGGAUGUUAUGCUGUUUCUUAAGAUUUUUGCUUCAAAUCAUGAAAGUUAACCGACUUCAGAUUUUAUGAGAUUCUAGUAUCAGUAUGUAUACAUAAUUAUGUAAAUUUGUUAUAAAAGCCAAAAGGAUUAAAUCAUUUCAGCAUACUGCGUUUCACUCUGAAGAAAUUAUUGUGUUUUUUUUUUAAAUUCAAUUAUCUAAAAAAGAAGGUGUAAUUAUUGCAUUAACUUUUAAUUUUGAUGUAUUUUUAGUUUAAUUAGACAAUCUUCUUUUUAAUACCUUUGUUUGCAAUGGGAACAAAAAUGUGUGUGUUAUAACAAGAACCUUUAUUAUACAGAUGUUUCACGAUUGUUGACAAACUAAUUAAUAUGCAGAAAUGUUAUUCUGGAGAAUUUUUACAGCUUAUUGUGUCUGUUUUACCUUUUUCAAGAAUUGUUUGAUACAAUGUAAUUUACAUAUUAUACUGAAUUAUGUUAAGUUCUUCAUUUUCAUGACAAUGUUUUGUUGUUUUUUUUUUGCCUCUAAAUUUAGUUAACAUUACAAUACUUAAGUAUUUGAAACCUAUUUCAAUUCACACAAAAAAUGAAAAUAUUUCAUGAGAAUAUUCAUAUUUCCUAUUUUGUAGUCUUUAUUUCAAAUCAACAUGAUUUAUUAAAAAUAUUUUUUGUUUUCAAUUUAGGUUUCAUGUUUUGAAAUUUCAGUAUGUGGUAUACUUUCAUCUUUACAUUGUUGUAAAAGAAUGUGUUUGUGAACAAUUGCUGAAAUAGAAAAAAAGGUACAACAAUUUUAAUGUGAUUUUUAAUGAAAUCAUUUGAAGUUUAUCUGUGAUGUUCUUAUUUAUAUAUCAUGAAACAUCCUACCAUUGAACAACUACAUGGUUAUAUUAAUUUUGUAACAUGUACUUACAUGUAUAUUUAGUACAGUCUGUUUUCCACUAUAUAUUACUAGUAAGUUACGAGUUGUGCAUUUUUUACACAUGUUUUUAAAUCAAGACAUUAAUAACCUAAUUCCCAGUAUGUAAUGAUAUUUCAUUUCAAUAUGCAUAUGAUUAUAUAUUCAAAUUUUUCAUAAUUUCAAAUAUGUAAGUCAUAUUUAUCAAAUAAUUAUUGACUUAUUUGAAAAUGAAGAAAGCAAAAAACAACUGUAUGACAUUUACCACCGUAAUUUUGGUGUCUUUACUGUCAUAUUUAUGGUAUUGCAAACUUUUAAUUUUGUAUAUUUGAUAUUUUUUUUUAAGAAUAUGAAAUACUUUACAUGCCAUAUUGAAAAUGUUGAAAAAUAUCCUGGUAAUUGUCCUUGCAUCCAAAUUCUAGAUCGUCUUUUGCAAAAACAGACAGUGUUUAUAUAUAGUCAUAUAAAUUAUCAUAUUUAUCCUGUAAUGGGUCCAAGGGCAAAUAUACAAUUAGGAGUUGGGCUUAUUUCAGUACCGUGAAAUGGUAUUUUAAAAGAUAUGGGUGGGCUUACUACCGAUACUAUCAGACAUGGGUUCAUUAGCAUGACAAAUAUGGUAAAGUAUGGUUCUAUAAUAUAUCAUAUUUUUAUACCAUGAAGUUUAUAAUUUUCCGUAGCCUCUGAGUGUGAUGGUGUGUAAAAUGUAUAUGUGGAAGAUAUGUCUUGCAUAAAUGUGACUAGUUUGAUAAAUGUGUUAAAAAAAGUGUGGAUACGCAUAUGAAAGUUAGUAAUGUGGGUAAGGUCCAAAACAAAAAUAUUUUGCACAUACACUAUGUGCAAAAAUAU